AAUGAAAGAGAAUCCAAACGAAGAGCGAAAAAUCGUAAGAGCGAAAAAUCGCAAGAGCGUGAAACCGUCGUCGUCAACGCGACGUCAACUCGUCACAAACGAGACGUCUCGACGUUAACGAACAGUUGGCGAUGCGAGCGCAAAAUAGAAAGACGUCGUAGUUGUUCAAUUACAUUAAAAUAAUUUUCAGCUUGAAGCUAGAUACUAGAAGUUUGAACGAAUCCACAAAAAAAAGAAGCAAAUGGAUGCGGAAUUUAAUAAAAAACUUAUCAAGCUAGUGAAACAGCACGAGUGUUUGUACGAUUUUAGCGCACCAGAAUAUAGAGACCAAUCGUUAAAGGAAUUAAUUUGGAAGAAAAUUGCAGACGAGUUAAAUACGAAAGAUGCGGAGUGCAAGAAACGCUGGAAAUCGCUACGCGACACAUACACAAAAACAAUACGAAAAUCACAUCUGACUACUUCAGGUAAAAGACUCCCAAAAACAAAGUAUAAAUAUGCUGACGAGCUAUCCUUUUUGCGUGGCAUCAAAGAGGGCAAACAGUAAGUGUUGAAAAUGUGUUCAGUUUCUCCUAAAUAAGUACCUACAUACCGCACAGCAUAUACUAAAGAGGCACAACUCAAAGAAAAUUUAGGUCGAUAAUUAGUUUUGCAUAAAUCAAUUCAUAGAAUUUAUCAACAAUUAAUGCAAAUAAGUAAAUAUAUUCUCUAACUAGAAAACUACGACUAUACCUGUUGCUGAAUUAAUUGCGUCGCAUCUGUAUCU